AUGCCACGCUUGUCACCGAGCGACGUAGUGAAAGCGAGGAAGAUAUCAAAACUCCUUCCAUUAGUGCUGAGCCACACGAGGUCGCUAGACCUCGCUAGCAGAGAGCUGGGGUGGAUCCAGUUGGAGUUGCCGAAAGAUCGAUGGCUGGAAGCCUGUAGACAGAGAAGUCGAGGAAGGCCGUUACAGUACAUCCUAGGCUCUCAGCCCUUUGGAGAGCUGGAUGUUAAGUGCAGAGAAGGCGUGUUGAUACCGCGAUGGGAAACAGAGGAGUGGGUGUUGAAGUUGUGUAACGCCAUUGGAGGUGUUGACAAGAGGUUCAGAGCGAUGGAUAUAUGCUGUGGUACCGGGUGUAUCGCGCUGACGUUGAAGAGGCAGCUGGGUUGUGAGGUUGUCGGUGUUGAUAUCAGCGAGGAGGCGUUGGAGCUGAGCCGGGAGAAUUCGUUACGAAAUGGUGUGGAGGUGCAGUUCAUGAGGUGUGAUGUGCUGAGCGCUGAUGCUGGUGAUCGGUUCGACCUCAUAGUCUCAAACCCUCCGUACAUCUCAAUGGACGACUACACGAGCAGCGAGGUUGCCAAGUCGGUAAAGCUCUACGAACCGCAAUUGGCAUUGGUUGGCGGCGGCGAGUUCUACCAUGCGCUGGCUGAUAUCGUACAGAGAACCAAGGCCAAGGGCUUCGUGUUCGAGCUUGGCUACGAAUGGCAGUACGAAACUACAAGGCAAUGCUUGCCUGCUGCGCAAUGGGAAUGUUCGUUAUACUAUGACUCUAAUGGGAAGCCCAGAUGUGUUGUUGGAUGGAUGAAGCACAGCUCGUUGGCUCAGCUAUCAACACUUUGCUGA